CCGGGGCGGGCCGAGCUCGGGGCCGCCGCCGCCGUCAUUGCGGACGGGACGAUGUCUCGCUGCAGCCCCGCCGCCGCCCGCCUGCUCGGCCGCUUCCUCCGCCACCCAUUUUCAAACAGUCAUUGCCAUUCUCCUGGAAGCCUGGAGUGUUCUCCCCAAGGCCUCACUGGGGUUCAACAGAAUGGAGUCCGACACUGCUCCUACACAGCAUCCAGGAAAAACCUGUAUGUUAACAAGAACACAAAGGUUAUCUGUCAGGGUUUUACAGGCAAACAGGGCACCUUUCACAGCCAGCAGGCAUUGGACUAUGGCACCAAUCUAGUUGGAGGAAUUUCUCCAGGGAAAGGGGGAAAAACUCAUCUAGGUCUGCCUGUGUUUAAUUCUGUGAAGGAGGCCAAAGAACAAACGGGUGCUUCAGCCACUGUCAUCUACGUCCCUCCCCCGUUUGCUGCUGCUGCCAUCAACGAGGCCAUCGAUGCAGAGAUGCCCCUGGUGGUGUGCAUCACUGAGGGCAUCCCCCAGCAGGACAUGGUGCGCGUCAAACACCGGCUGCUGCGGCAGAACAAGACCCGCCUGGUGGGCCCCAACUGCCCCGGGGUCAUCAAUCCUGGAGAAUGUAAAAUUGGUAUCAUGCCUGGUCACAUUCACAAGAAAGGAAGAAUUGGUAUUGUGUCAAGAUCUGGAACCCUGACGUACGAAGCUGUUCAUCAGACAACACAAGUUGGGUUGGGGCAGUCUUUUUGUGUUGGUAUUGGAGGUGAUCCCUUCAAUGGAACUAAUUUUAUUGACUGCCUUGAUGUCUUCCUGAAGGAUCCUCGUACUGAGGGGAUCAUAUUGAUUGGGGAGAUUGGAGGAAAUGCUGAAGAAGAUGCAGCAGCAUUUUUGAAAGAAAAUAAUUCUGGCCCCAAUGCCAAGCCAGUGGUGUCCUUCAUCGCUGGCCUGACAGCUCCUCCUGGCCGGCGGAUGGGCCACGCCGGAGCCAUCAUUGCUGGGGGAAAGGGGGGAGCCAAGGAGAAGAUUGCAGCCCUCCAGAGUGCAGGGGUUGUGGUCAGCAUGUCCCCUGCUCAGCUGGGCAGCACCAUCUACAAGGAGUUUGAGAAAAGGAAAUUGCUGUAAGAGAAGACACUUGGGAAUACUUUCUCCAAAACACCAGUGCAGCACCCAGCCUCCGCUUUUCUUUUGUCUGCUAAUCUUCAGUUGCCCCAAUGUCUUGACAUUGGUCAAUGAAUUUGACUGGGAAGCCAUAAACCUCCUGGCUAAACCUGUUUUGGUGUCUCCUUGUUUCAGACGUUGUCACCCUGUUGUAAAUCACAGCAAAUUAAUAAAUCUACUACUAAAUCUGA